UAUGCAUAUGUAUAUCUAUUCUCCUAUAUACGUAUAUACUAAAUUUACGAAUAUAUCUUUCUUCGUCUUUCAAUUAUUAUUAUUAAGAACUUAUAUAUUACUACAUAAAGUCAUUUGAUUAUUCUAAUCGUUAUAUAUAUUGUCUUUCAUCGUUUCUACAUUAAGAUGGCUAGUGCAACAUUACGAGAAGCUGCUUUAAAAUCGCCGAGACAGUUGUAUAAAUUUUUAUUGCGAGAAUGCGAAAAAUUGCCAAAGGAAGCGCAAGGAUUUUAUAGACAUUCGGUUAAACAAAAUUUUAAACAACAUUUAAUAGAACCCGAUAAGGAACGUGUUCGCCAAAUUAUGGAAAAAGCAAUGCAAGAUGCAGAAUGGAUAGUUAAAAAGUACACUAAACCAAAAGGAACAAAGUAAUAAAUAUACAAAGAUAUUAUCAGCAUUGUAAAUACAUUCUGUAAUAUAUUCUUUAAGUAAAGGAAGAAUUUGUAAUUAUUCUAUUCAAGACAUGGAUUUCAAAACCAUAAUAAAUGAUCAAAAUGAAAUUAGUGCAUCACAAUUUUUGAAAGCUAUUGAUAUAUGGUGUCGUAAUCCUCAAAUUAUAAACCGUAGAAUUCUAGCAUCUAUUGAAAUAUUGAAUAUUGAAAUUAAUUAUGAUAUUUUUAAAAUUUCCAAUUAUAUUAAUACUUUGGAUGUUUCAAUCUUAGGUAUAAAUCACCAAAAAGAUGAUAUUGAUAAUAGAAUAUUAUUGGAUGCUUUGCGCAUUUUUGAUCAAGUGGCCAUUACAACAAAUAUUGAAAGAAUUCAUUUAUAUGUGACAAAACAAUUGCCACGUAUGCCACAUAUAUUUUCUACUGGUAUUGAAUUUUUUUUAGUGAGCAACGAAAGAGGUUGUGUAAUAAAUAUUCACAAACCCUUUCUCGUACAUAAACAAUCUCUCGGUACCAGAAUGCCAUUUAUGUUACAACAAGGAACAGAUGGUUAUAUAUCCAUUAGUGUCCAUCAAGUGAAUAAUAUUAUGUCCGAUUUCAGCAUUGAAUGGUUAAAGAAAAAACUUCUUCCGUGUAUCCUGAAAUGGGCGAAAAGCGAAUCCGGAAUCCGGACACCGAUUUCGUUAUCUUCAUUGAAUUUCGUAUCAACUGAAAAAUAUGCAAGAUUAUAUUGCAAAUUGAAAGAAAAAUAUGGUAUAAGAUUGAUAAAGAAUUGGCCUGAGAAUACGGAUCCAAUAAAAUUUGUUUAUGAAGAUAUUGCAAUCGCUACUUAUUUAUUAUUGUUAUGGGAAAAAGAGAGAUUUGAAAAGGGAAUUAAUGAUUUACAAUCAUUUCUUGAUUUGGGAUGUGGUAAUGGUUUACUCGUACAUAUUUUAUUCAGUGAAGGUCAUCGUGGAUUAGGAAUUGAUUUACGAAAAAGAAAAAUAUGGGAUUUAUACCCACCUGAAACUCCAUUACAAGUUUGUACCAUUGUUCCAUCUUCUGAAACGAUAUAUCCGGAAGUAGAUUGGAUUAUAGGGAAUCAUUCGGAUGAAUUAACACCGUGGAUUCCUAUAAUUGCUGCACGUAGUUCUAGCAAUUGUCGUUUCUUCUUAUUACCUUGUUGUUCGUAUGAACUUAACGGAACGAAAUAUCAAAGAUAUUGUGCCUCUAAAAGUCAAUAUUCUGAAUAUAUUGAUUAUGUGAGAAGUAUAUGCGUUCAAUGUGGAUUCACGACGCAUCUUGAUAAAUUAAGAAUUCCUUCUACUAAACGAAUAUGCCUGAUUGGAUGGGAAAGAACACAUGAAAACGUCAAAAAUUUGGAAGAUCGUAUUAAACAAAUAUUAAGUGCAAAGACAACUUUAAUUAAACAAAAAUAUGAAUCAAAUAAAAAAAUCGGUGAUACGAUGGAAGAAUGGACUUGUGAUUUUAAGCCAAGGGACAAAGUAGAAAAAGUACGAAAUUGUACGCAGUUAGAUAAAACAUUAAUUACGAAUAUUGUUAAUAUUGUAUCAAGUCAGUUACUUCACGAAGGUUGUACUAUAUAUAUCGAAGAAACGCCUAAAAAAUUUUGGAAUGCUGGUAGAUGUCUUGAACUGCGCGAAGUCGCUAAAUCAAUUCCAAAAGAAGUUAUGAUGCACUUGCGAAAAGAAUAUGGAGGUCUUCAAACUUUAUUAAAAAAUCAUAGCCAUAUAUUUCGUGUUGCUCAAGGAAAAGUAGAAUUUAAUAUACCUGGAAUAGAAAGAAUUAAUGAAAAAUCGAAAAAAAAAAGAUUAUCGUUGCCACAAAAAAAAACUAAAUCUUGUUGGUUUUAUGAAAAUCAUCCGAAUGGUUGCCCUGCAACUGAAACAAAAUGUAAUUACAAACAUUAAUAAUAAUAUUAUUAACAAAAAACAAUUGUUUCAAUAUUAAAAUGUAAUAUUAAUAUUACACGUUAAAAAUUUAUUUUCACUUUCAUACAAAUCGACGAAUUUUAUACAUUGGACGCGAUUAGAUUAUAUUUAUUCGUAAAAUAUUACGAACCAAUUAUUUAACUUAUAUAUUGGAAGAACAUCGAAUAUUUAUUAUUGUCUCUAUCAUUUUAUCGAUAUUCUGAAAUUAUCAAAGUCGUCAUAGUUAAUGAAAAAGUAAAUCAAUAAUAAUUUGUACCAGUUGCAUAUCAUUCCUUAAGAAGUUCAACAAACGAUAUAUUAUCUAAAUUUAGAUUCUUAGUUUCGAUUGUGUUUUCUUGAUUAUAUGUUUUGGGUAAGAAAGAUUGACGUAUACGAUUCCAUUUCUUCGUGUCAACAGUAUCCAAUUGAUGAACACGUUUCACGUGUGUUCGAAGGUUGCCUUUUUGCGUAAAGGAAUAUUCACAAUACGAGCAAGCAUAUGGACGAUCGCCAGUAUGAUGUUUUUGAUGCAUCUGUAAAGUUGAUUUUUGAGCAAAUGAUUUUGUACAUAAAUCACACUUGUAUGGCCUUUCACCGGUAUGAAUUCGUUUAUGUCUUUCGACUUGAUAAGGUUUUGUAAAUGUUUUCCCACAAAUGUCACAUUCUUUCUUGGAUGAAUUCCCUUUAAUUGUUACUUUAUCCGAUACUGUUGGCAACGCCUUUUGCGCAGGCAUCUUUGAAAAUGAUUCUAACUGCGGUGUCAGCGUUGGUACCGUUAAAAGACAAUUACUCGAUGGUGUUUUUAACAUCAAUUCUAUAUGAUUUUCAUUCUUAUUAGUAUUUUCAUUAUUAGUAUCGGAUGCUAGACUAGAUGUUGUUAAUGUACACUCGGCAUCGGAAAUUAUAGUCGGUCGAUGAUGCAAAUUGUCAUUUGACGAUUGUGGAAGUAACGAUUCUUCGGUUUGAAUGGUAACAAGACCAUUUGUUAAAAGAAAAUGUAAAUUGGUAACUAAAUGAUUGUUUUCAUUUAUCGAUACAAUUGUUUGAUUGUUGUUUGACGCGACACCUUCCGUGUCGAAGUUAAUUUGAUCGGAUAAACAGGAAGCAGCUGUUUCGAUACUAUAUGCAUCCAAAUGAGAAAUUAAUCCUGUUUGGGAAAGCUGUUCCUGUGAUAGUUGUUGCUUUGUAUCAAAGUUAUUUACUUCCUUCUCUUUUCUUUCACAUUUUUCAAGAUUAGCUGCCACUUCGGCUAUAGCCGUAACUUUUAAAUGUUUUUGUUUUCUUUUUGGAUUAUCUUUAUAUUCACGUGCAUGUUUCAAUAAAUGCACUUUUCUAUGACCGGAAGUUCGAAAUCUCGAAUCACAAAUAGGGCAUUUAAAUGGUUUCGAACCUUUAAAAAAAAAAGAAAAAAAAAAAAAAAAGAGAAAAAAAGAAAAAAAAAUGCGAAAUCAAACGAUUUACGAAAAUAUAUGAAAAAUAUUUAAAAGUACAUAAUAUGAAUAUUCUUUCUCGAAAUAAAUUCAUAAUUAAUCAUUCUACUUACCUGUAUGUAAACGCAUAUGAACUUUCAAACUACCUUUGGUCGCAAAUAAACUGUUGCAUACGUGACAACGAAAUGUUUUUUUUCCGGUAUGAACUUUCGUAUGUGAAUCCAAAGUACAUUUUACAGCGAAACUUUUAUUACAGUAAUUGCACUUAUACGGUCGUUCUCCUGUGUGUGUACGUGUAUGUCUUAUAAGAUCACUUGGUUUGCGAAAUGUUUUCGGACAAUAUUUACACUUAUUCGUAUAUUCCUUCCGUUCCUUUUCCUCGACCAAGAUAUUCUAUAUGACAUGUAUAUAAUAAUUUUCGCUGAAUAAUCCUUUGUUAUUUCUUCUUUUUUUUUUUUUUUUUUUUUCAUAUUUUUGUAACAACUUACUUCCACUCGAUCCAUUACUUCUUUUUCUGCUACCGUAUCUAACAGAACUUUUUCCGAAACUGCAGAAUCUGUAUCUAUUAUGAUAUUUAAAGAUGAAUGACCAUUUACAACUGGUUGCAUUUCCGAAGAAAGUGUUGAAUUUUCUGUCGUGCUAUUUAUUUCUGAUGCAUUCCAUAUUGGAAUCUCAUGAAUUUUAGAGUGCGAUUGUAGUUCGAUCUUAUCAUUAAAAUAUUUGUCACACGACGAACAUUUAUAUAAUCUAUAAAUAUACAAACGAAAAGUUAAAAAAUAAAAAUGAUUAAUCAUAAUCUACACUAAAAUAAUUUUUCAAAUCACUCACUGUUUAAUAAAAUGAAUCUUUGAGUGUCUAUUUAAUCCAGCAUUUGUGUAAAAUUUUGAAGAACAUUCCGUACAUUGAUAUUCUUUUGUUCCACGAUGGCUUGUCAAAUGUUCCUGAUAUCAAGAAAAUAUUUUUAUCUGAUUUUAACCAUAUUUACAAUUAUGAUAAAUGUAAAAAAAAAAUCUUACAAAUAAAGGAAAUAUUUAUUGUUUAUUUAAAAAUAUUUACUUUUAAUGCAAUCGUUGUGAAUCCUUGUUGAUUACACAUAUGACAUUGUAAUAAAGAUUGUCCACGAGAUAUCUUACUCGUAGCGACUUUAAUUUCUGUAACAUCGGAUGACAAACUGCGCGUAUUUGAUUGAGUCUUGAAAUUUUGCGAUGUUUCUCGAAAUUCUUCUCUA